UUCCAUAACCGAUACCUCUCCGAAAUGGAUGAUCGCGUUCGAUCGUAUCACUUUCCUCUGUUGAAUAUUUCCGAUUCCAUGUGUUUUGAGUUUGACUCUCUUCCAAGUUGGGAUGAAAAUGAAAGAAAAAUUAAAAGAACAGUUCAAUAAUGUCGAUCGUUUAUAAAGGAAAUUUGACUUGGACCAUUCAAAGUUUUGUUAUAUAUACAUACGAUUGGUCAAUCUUGACGAUUUUGGGGGAGGCUUGUAUGAAGACCGCCGGGAGAAUUUGAUCGGAAGGGCAUUCUUUCUUGCUGAAAAUCUCUGACGGUCUGAUAGCUAACAUGCUUGACAAGGAAUUCUUCACGGAGUAUGGUGAAGCUACUCAAUAUGAAAUUGAAGAAGUAAUAGGUAGAGGGAGCUAUGGCGUUGUUGCAUCUGCCAUAGACACUCACUCGGGUGAGAAAGUUGCCAUCAAGAAGAUAAAUAAUGUGUUCGAGCAUGUUUCGGACGCCACACGAAUUCUAAGAGAAAUUAAGCUCCUUCGGUUUCUCCAUCAUCCUGAUAUUGUUGAUAUAAAACAUAUAAUGCUCCCUCCAUCCAGGAGGGAGUUCAAAGAUUUAUAUAUUGUUUUUGAGCUGAUGGAGUCUGACCUUCAUCAUGUACUCAAGGCUAAUGAUGAUCUCACCCCUGAACAUCAUCAAUUUUUCUUGUAUCAGCUUCUUAGAGCCUUGAAGUAUAUACAUUCAGCACAUGUGUUCCAUAGAGAUUUGAAGCCCAAGAAUAUACUUGCCAAUGCAGACUGCAAACUCAAGAUCUGUGACUUUGGCCUUGCUCGUGCAUCUUUUACUGAUGCCCCAUCUGCUAUUUUUUGGACUGAUUAUGUGGCUACUCGAUGGUAUCGUGCUCCUGAACUCUGUGGUUCUUUUUUCUCUAAGUAUACACCAGCUAUUGAUAUUUGGAGCAUAGGAUGUAUAUUUGCUGAAAUGUUGGCAGGCAAGCCUUUAUUUCCUGGGAAAAGUGUUGUCCAUGAGCUGGAUCUAAUAACUGACUUACUUGGUACUCCUCCUGCUGAAUCCAUUGCCAAGAUUCGUAAUGAAAAAGCUAAAAGAUAUUUGAGUAGUAUGAGAAAAAAGGCUCCAAUUCCUCUGUCAAGAAAGUUCCCUAAUGUAGAUCCACUAGCUCUUGGUUUACUUGAGCGUCUGCUUGCAUUUGAUCCAGAAUAUCGUCCGUCCGCAGAGGAGGCAUUGGCUGAUCCAUAUUUCCAUGGACUGGCAAAUUUGGAGAAUGAACCAUCAAUGCAACCCAUUUCAAAACUUGAGUUUGAUUUUGAAAGGAGAAAGUUGACCAAAAAUGAUGUCAGAGAGCUUAUUUAUAGAGAAAUUUUAGAGUAUCACCCUCAGAUGCUACAGGAGUACCUCCAAGGUUCUGAGAGUCACUUCAUGUAUCCCAGUGGAAUCGAUCGAUUCAAGCAUCAAUUUGAUCAUCUAGAGGAACACUCUGGUAAAGGUGAGAGAAGCAGCAGUCCACUACAAAGGAAGCAUGCUUCCUUGCCAAGGGAGCGAAUAUGUACACCAAGAGAUGAAGAUGAUGAUGAAAACUACAAAACAGAAAAGCGGAAUUCUGCUUCAAAUGAUUGUGGUCAGAGCUCUUCAGGAUCACGAGGGCUAGACGAUCUUGAACAUGCUUAUUCCUUGGCUGCCGAGAAUGGCUCUGUUCAAGUAGACUGCAGUAAUUAUAAUCUGUUGAAGAGUGCAAGUAUUAACUGUUCAAAAUGGGUAGAUUAAAAGGAAAAGCGUGCACGGAAGAAAGAAAAGACCACAAUAUUGCUGGCUUUCUUCAGAUUCUUAAAGCAAUUGUCACAAUUGAUGUAACGGUGAAGGUAAGAAUGUUGGAAUGUUCUUGUUAGCAUGAUUUUAGAUCUAGUGAAGGUAUGUCUCUACAACUGCCAUUUCACUGUAAAAUCUUGGAAUGUGCUUGGUGUUGGUGCUCUCAUGUGGCACCCCAUUAAUGUUCAAUACUAAAGGGAGUUUUUCAGAUCUUCGAGGGAAAUCGUAUUAAGUAGCGUUCUGACUUGAUCAUAGUUCAAGUAGUUAGACAUUAGAGGAUUCGUAUAGAUUAUAACUUUGAAUUCUCAUAUUUUUAUUUAUAAUAUAAAGUUUAGUUCUUGAACUUU